GGCAUGUCGUCGCCAGUAGCUUUAGCAGAGGGACAUUGAAUGACUUUGUACCGCGUCUUCGAUAUCGUAAAGAAAGUUGUGCGCUUGACAGGUCUGGAUUAGUAUCGGAGCUAAUGGAGGCCCUCAUACCUGUCAUAAACAAACUACAAGAUGUUUUUAACACGGUCGGUGCAGAUAUUAUUCAGCUGCCGCAAAUAGUUGUUGUGGGAACUCAGAGCAGUGGCAAAAGUUCUGUUUUAGAGAGCCUGGUCGGCAAGGAUAUAUUGCCCCGCGGCCACGGCAUCGUCACUCGUCGCCCACUCAUCCUGCAACUUGUUCACAUUGACCCAGAUGACCGCAGGAAAACUGGGGAAGAGAAUGCAUCAAAGAGAAAUGGACGCCUUUCAAGAGGCAUCGAUGGAGAGGAAUGGGGCAAAUUCCUGCACACCAAGAACAAGAUCUACACCGACUUUGAGGAAAUCAGACAAGAAAUUGAAGCAGAAACAGAAAGAAUGUCUGGAAAUAACAAGGGUAUUAGUGAUGAGCCCAUUCACCUGAAAAUCUUCUCCCCACAUGUCGUGAACCUCACAUUAGUGGAUCUUCCUGGAAUUACAAAGGUACCGGUAGGAGAUCAGCCCAAAGAUAUAGAGAUCCAGAUCAAAGAGCUGAUUCUGAAAUACAUCUCCAACCCCAACUCCAUCAUCUUGGCCGUGACCGCUGCCAACACAGAUAUGGCGACCUCUGAGGCUCUCAAGGUCGCCCGUGAGGUCGACCUUGAUGGGAGGAGGACACUCGCGGUGGUGACCAAACUGGAUCUCAUGGACGCAGGCACAGAUGCCAUGGAUGUGUUGAUGGGCAGAGUCAUUCCUGUCAAACUUGGUAUCAUAGGAAUAGUUAACAGGAGUCAGUUGGAUAUCAAUCAAAAGAAAUCAGUGGCUGAUUCUAUUCGUGAUGAAUAUGCCUUCUUACAAAAGAAAUACCCCUCCCUAGCAAACAGAAAUGGAACUAAAUAUUUGGCAAGGACAUUAAACAGGCUAUUGAUGCAUCACAUCAGAGACUGUCUUCCUGAGCUGAAGACGAGGAUCAACGUGCUGGCUGCACAGUACCAGUCUUUGCUGAACAGUUAUGGUGAGCCUGUGGACGACAAGAGUGCCACGUUGCUGCAGCUCAUCACCAAGUUUGCUGCAGAGUACUGCAACACAAUAGAGGGCACAGCCAAGUAUAUUGAAACAACUGAAUUAUGCGGUGGAGCGAGAAUCUGUUAUAUAUUCCACGAGACGUUUGGUCGCACGUUAGAGUCUGUCGAUCCUCUGGGCGGCCUGACGACCAUCGAUGUGCUGACAGCCAUUAGAAAUGCAACGGGGCCGAGGCCUGCUCUGUUUGUGCCUGAGAUUUCGUUUGAGUUGCUGGUAAAACGGCAGGUCAAACGUCUGGAGGAGCCCAGUCUGCGCUGCGUGGAGCUGGUUCAUGAAGAGAUGCAAAGAAUCAUCCAGCACUGCAGCAAUUAUAGCACGCAGGAGUUGUUGAGGUUUCCAAAGCUCCAUGAUGCCAUAGUAGAAGUGGUCACCUCCCUUCUCAGGAGAAGACUACCAGUCACAAAUGAAAUGGUUCACAACCUGGUUGCUAUCGAGCUGGCGUAUAUCAACACCAAACACCCUGACUUUGCAGAUGCCUGUGGGCUCAUGAACAAUAACCUUGAUGAGCAGAGACGUAGCAGACUCAGAGACCUGCCACCUGCUGUUCCCAGAGACAAGUCCCUUAAAAGCCCCGGUGGGCAGUAUUUCUAUCCCACUGAACCUCCUGUCCUGGAGGGUGAGGCCACCAAGGCAGCGGCCAGCGGCUCCCAGAGCGCUCCUGCCGGCGAGCAGGUGGACGGUGGGACGGGUUCCUGGAGGGGCAUGUUGAAGAGGGGGGAGGAAGGGGCGUCAGGUGACCGGGCCCCGCCCCAGGUCCUGCUUCCCCCAAGUCCCCAGAGAGGUCACGCUGUUAACCUGCUAGAUGUGCCUGUUCCAGUUUCCAGGAAGUUGUCUGCUCGGGAGCAGAGGGACUGUGAGGUUAUCGAGAGACUCAUCAAGUCGUAUUUCCUUAUCGUUAGGAAAAAUAUCCAAGACAGCGUGCCGAAAGCAGUGAUGCAUUUCCUGGUGAACCACGUGAAGGACUGCCUGCAGAGCGAGCUGGUGGGUCAGUUAUACAAGACGGCCCUGCUGAACGACCUGCUGACGGAGUCCGAGGACAUGGCUCAGAGACGCAACGAGGCCGCCGACAUGCUGAAGGCUUUGCAGAAAGCCAGCCAGGUGAUAGCAGAGAUCAGAGAAACCCACAUGUGGUGAGGAGAACCUCUCUUGAGCCUCAUCCCUCCAGGAACCUCAUCUUCAUGGACCAUCCAUCGGCAGGAAACCCCCCCCCCCCCCCCCCCAUCCCGCCCACCUUACCAAGUCUUGCAGUAUCGCCGACUGAAGCGACAACUUUAUAAAGCACUGCUGUGGAUAUGUGUAAAUCAAAAGUAUAGUUUUAAUCUACAGAACAAGGACUUGUACAUAAUGAAGGAUGGUGUAUUUUCUAUCUUUCUUUAUUAGCAUUACUCACUCUCCUGUUCCUAGAUUAUAUUUUUCUGAAUGUAAUUAUAACACAAGGUAUAUAGAUAAUGUCAUGCAUCACCACUGUGUGGAGCCUUGCUGAGAAAUGUCUACUUAUAUUUUAGAUUUGAAUUAAAGUUAGAAAUGACAGAACCAUAUUAAGCAUGUAGGCAUUCUCUUUAUUAGAUCUUGAUGCAAUAUAUUUGCCGCAAAUUUAUUUCCAAAGAAUUGAACUUGCUUUAUUUAGAUAUUUCCUUAUUUUUAAAGGCGUCAUGUUCGAUGUAGACCUGAAAGCAAGCUAAAUCAGACACAUUUGUUGCUGUUUUUGUAUAAAAGUAUUAUUGUCCUGUGCUGUAUGUUGGACGAAUGUACACAGAAAAAGACGGUAUGUACGUGGUUUACAGAGACGUAUCAGCGAGGGUGCACUGACUUAUUUAUUGUUUUGAGCUCAUGAUGAUAUAGCCCAACACAACAGAACAAAGAACACAGUGACUGCAGAGGUGUGGGGCGGGGGCGGGCGCUGGCGCGACGUCUGCCUGGGCUCCGUUUGGCAGCAGCUUUACCUCAGCCGACCGCCCAUCUUGCCCUUGCCACGGCCUUUGGCACUAGGAGACGAAAGAAGAGAGCAGUAAAUGCUACAGUCAAGGAUGAGUUGCAAAGAAAUAAGUGCAUAGGGGUUUGAAUGUUGGAGCUGAUGGUAAAAAGGAAAAUCACAGUGAAGAUAUGCUCUUUUAAUUGUUAGGGACACAAUGAAAUAAUGAAAUAAAUCAUAUUUUUAUGUGCAAAGAUAAGAGGUGUCCUUUGUUAUGGUGAAAGUGCACCGUUUAGAUUAGGGGAUGAUGUCUCCCAAUCCCAGAUUCUUCCCUCCCAAUAUUGGAACAGGAAAUGGGUUUUUUCACUCUCCGUGAGUUCUGUUCAUCAAUCGUCAUAUGUUUGAUAUGACAAGAAAAAGAGCCAGGUUCA